CUUUUUUAUUCUUCUCCGGCGACACUUCUUCCCUUGAUUCUUCUCCCUCUUAGGUCUCUCUACGAAUCUCUAAGCUUCUCAAAAAAUUCUUGCGCCCUUUCUUACGUCACACUCCGAGAAUCCGCUUCUGAUUAUUGAAUGAAUUUCUGAGCUUGAAGGAUCCACUGCUAAGCUUGGAGGCAGUAGUGGAAUCACCAAUAAGUUUGCUUUUGUAAUUUAGCUUGAUUUGAGAAUAGACAAUGGGAAAAGCAUCAGGCUUGCUUCUGUUUCUCUUGGGUUUUGGGUUCUUUGUUGUCACAUAUAAUCUUCUGACACUUAUAGUCCACAAUAGAUCUGGUGUGAGUAAUUCAGAUGGAAGUCUACUUCUAGAUCCUGUUGUUCAGAUGCCUCUAAAUAUUAGGAAGGCUAAGAGUUCUCCAGCACCUUUCCAUGUUGCCUUAACAGCUACAGAUGCACCUUAUAAUAAGUGGCAGUGUCGUAUAAUGUAUUAUUGGUAUAAGCAGAAGAAAUCUCUUCCUGGUUCUGAUAUGGGUGGCUUCACUCGCAUUUUGCAUUCGGGUAAUCCCGAUAACUUGAUGGAUGAAAUACCCACAUUUGUGGUUGAUCCUCUUCCCCCAGGUCUUGAUCGGGGGUAUGUUGUCUUGAAUAGACCAUGGGCAUUCGUGCAAUGGCUUGAAAGAGCUACCAUCAAGGAAGACUAUGUGCUCAUGGCAGAGCCUGAUCAUGUAUUUGUUAACCCCCUUCCCAAUUUGGCUGUUGGAGGAUUUCCAGCCGCUUUUCCGUUUUUCUAUAUUACACCUGAAAAGUACGAAAACAUAGUCAGAAAGUAUUAUCCAGUGGAGAUGGGGCCAGUAACAAAUAUCGAUCCCAUUGGCAACUCUCCUGUUAUCAUAAGCAAGGAAUCACUUGAAAAGAUUGCUCCUACAUGGAUGAAUGUCUCGCUGACGAUGAAAAACGAUCCAGAAACUGAUAAGGCAUUUGGAUGGGUGUUGGAAAUGUAUGGUUACGCAAUUGCAUCUGCUAUACAUGGGGUGCGUCACAUACUUCGGAAGGAUUUCAUGCUUCAGCCUCCAUGGGAUUUGUCUACCAAGGGGAAGUUUAUCAUCCAUUACACUUAUGGAUGCGAUUACAACAUGAAGGGUGAGCUGACAUAUGGCAAAAUUGGAGAGUGGCGAUUUGAUAAGAGAUCACAUUUGCGGGGUCCUCCUCCGAGGAACAUGUCCUUGCCGCCUCCCGGUGUUCCGGAAAGUGUGGUGACUCUUGUGAAGAUGCGAAUCUCAACUCUAACACCCAAAACCUCGAAUUCCCCUAACUACCCUCGCCUCCCGGUCAUCAGAUCCGCCGUGUCUCGUAACAAGAAGGAAGAGACAGUCGAAGCCGUCAAGUCCCACCUGGAGAACUGCCACCUCCUCGCCGCCAUCAACUACAAAGGCCUCACCGUGAAACAGUUUCAAGACCUCCGUAGAACUCUCCCCAACACCACAAAGCUCAUCGUCGCCAAGAACACUUUGGUCUUCAAAGCUAUUGAAGGCACCAAAUGGGAAGCUCUCAAGCCUUGUAUGAAAGGCAUGAACGCUUGGCUUUUCGUCCAAACCGAUGAAAUCCCUUCCGCCCUCAAACCCUACCGGAGUUUCCAGAAGGAACGCAAGCUUGAAGACAAUGACUUUGCCGGCGCUGUCUUCGAAGGUAAGUUCUACGCUCCCGACAAUUUUAAAGUUCUCGAGACCAUGCCAACUCGUGCUGAGGUCUACGCUAAGAUGCUCGGUGCUCUGCAAUCUCCGGCCAUUAAUCUCGUCACUACUUUACAAGCACCAGCAAGAGAGGUUAUAAUGGUGCUUAUGGCUUAUAUCAAGAAGUUGGAGGAUGAGAGUAAUGCAUAGUUAAUUAAGCUGUACUAAUCUUUUGGAGAAUGUAAUGUACGCAACAAAAGGCAAUUCCAAUU